GUAUCUGAAAACGCACCUGAGUGCGAGAAGCCUCAAAACACACCUGAACACACAGAGCGCGAGGAAACGACACGAGCUCAGAGCCUCUGUACAGUGUGACAUCAUCACCCGAUGGCGAGCUCACAGCAUGAUGUCAUCGACUUCUCCGCGUUGGAGCGAGAGCUGCGAGCGUCCGUCGCGUCCGAGCGGAAACGCCAACGAGAGAACGAAGCCAAGCUGAGAGCCGUCAGCCAGAGGACGACUUACCAGGAGUUCAGGGAUCUGGUGCUGGCGAGUCACCUGACGCCUCUGCAGAGGACCCGAAAAGACGAGUCGCCACGGAAACAGCCCUGGAACCCACUGGUCGCCCCGGCAACCAAAAACACAUGA